AUGGACGACAGCGACAUACUUAAGUUCACGUGGAAAAUGAGUGACAAUAAUUUACACAACGAUGUCCAGGCGGGUCCAUCAGUUCCCAAUCUAGGACCAUUGCCGAGCUCAUCGCAGAUGGUCUUUCAAAGGGGGGUCAGUGUGAUUAAUGGAGCACAUUUGCAACAGCAGAUUCCACAAAAUCCUUUCGGGAAUGCGGUACAGAUGAGCACCGUGAGAUUUGGCCAUCAGAACCCUGAACUACUACCCCCAAAUGUAACCAUCUGCGAAAUGGCUUUUAAAUCGAAAGAGGAGCUGAACAUGUGGUACGAUGAGCUAUACGAAACUAUGGGUCAGGAGGCUGCAAACAAGUUCGCCGCUAAGGUCCGCCAGUUGUGGGAGCUAUUUCCCCGACAGCAAAAUCAGUAUACCAUGAAUUCUAACCCGGGUCAACAACAACCUCUGGACCCUUUACCGCCGCUGGAGACUUACCAGCAGUUCGUCAUGGGAAUAGCUAGGCCCGGAAAUUAUCCUGCUCCUCCGCCCAGACGUUAUUUCAACGGCUCUGGUCUUUACCAUGAGAUGGUGCAGCAUCAGCAAACUGGUCAACCGCUUAGGCGCCACUCUGAGAGCAAUGCUGGUAUAUCUUUGCAUCACAACAGGCCGUGCAACAACAUAAACAUUCAUAAUAACAGAGUGCUGAGCAAUGGGAACACCUCACAGUCGAUGUACCGUGUUCAGAGUCUAGAAGGAAAUGGCAUCCCAAGCGGAAACAGCGGUUACAACCACACGCAUCUGCUGAAUGAGGGCACCAAUUUAAUAGAGACGCAGUUCCAAUCCAAUAACUUGGUGGAUCCUUCCUUAACGGAUAGUGGUCAUCCGCCCAGCCUGCUGUACUACAGCCAUGUGCAUUUGUCCCAGGCCAUCCCUCCAAUCGAUCCCCAAAGCGACUUCUUUAACGAAAGAGCGCGGGUGGCAACGGUAAUGUCUUUAAAGCCGGAAAUCCAAUCUGGUGUUAAAACAGAGGUACUGAAUGAAUCGAUUAACACGCCAAUGAUGGAAAGCCGCAGUUUAUUACGAACGCCAGUGACAUCUGUAACUGUUCCCCAGUUCGCCAUGGUCCCUCAGGGUCAGCAAUGCCUGGAGACCCAGUUUAAUACCACAGCAAUGGUACAGCCUUUAAAGCAGGGAGUCCAAGCCGGUGUCGGAAGAUCCUUACUGAAAGAAUCGAUUAGAACGCCAAUGACGAAGAGCCACAGUGUAUCACAAACCCCGGCGAGGUCUGUUACAGUUCCCCAGUACCCUACGGUAGCCUAUGAUCAACAAUGCCAGAAGACGAAUUUUAAUCCCUCGAUGCCAAGUCCCACAGCAAUGGUACUGUCUUUAAAGCGGGAAGUCCAAUCCGGUGUUAUAACGACGGCACAGAAAGAAUCGACAAACACGCUAAUGAUGAAGAGCCACUGUGUAUCACGAACGCCAGCGAGGUCUGUUACAGUCCCCCAGUUGUCCAUGGUACCGAAUGCUCAUCAAUUUCUGGAGGUAAAUGAAAAUGCCUGUACGCCAAGUCCCACAGCCGAGAACUUGGUAAAGCAGCCUACUCUUCUGAUGGUCGGUUUGAUGAAGCAUCAACAAUCCGCUGUAAAAUGGAUGCAGUUCCGCGAGCGUCAGAAUAUCUGUGGCGGAAUCGUAGCCGACGACAUGGGUCUGGGCAAGACAUUGAGUAUGAUAGCCUUGGUCGUAGCAGACAAGCAAAUGCAGAUUGAUAAGGAAGAUGAAAAUGAACCACAAUUGAAGCGUGUAUGUCACGCUUCCCUAACUGGAGAUUGCAGCUCAAAAGAAUUUCAUAAAUAUUUUACAACCAAUGACUAUCCCCCGGCAGGCACAUUAGUGGUUUGCCCCAAGAGCGUAAUGUCCCAAUGGGCCCAGGAAGUGACCUCCAAAGUGGCGCCCAAUGCCAUCAAGACGCUGAUAUUUCACGACACCAACCGCCUGGCGGUCAAACUGGAGGAACUCAGGAGCUGCGAUUUAGUCAUUACCUCAUACAAUCUGUUGUGGAACGAGUACAAGAGAUUUGGAAACAAUUCCCCGCUGUUCGCCGCUCACUGGAACCGGGUUAUCCUCGACGAAGCCCACAUCAUUCGGAAUGACAAGUGCUGUGGCGGAAUUUCUGUCUGCCAGCUGCGAUCUCGUUGCCGUUGGGCCUUGAGUGGAACUCUUGUCCAGAAUCUGGUGAAGGAUAUGCUCACCCUGCUACGCUUCUUGAAAGUGCCACAAUUUCAUGACCUCCAAGUGUGGAAGAAGUACCUAAAUGAAGGCCUACACGCUCAGCGAGGGUUGCACUUUCUUAUCCAACCUCUAAUGAUGCGGAGGACAAAGCAAGAGCUAGAGGAGUCAGGAGAUUUGCCUGCACUACCUAAUCUAAAUGUUGAACUUAUCUGCGUGCAGUUCUCGGAAGCAGAAAAAGCCGUGUACGAGAUCCUUUUCGCCAUUUGUCAGAAGAUAUUUACCAAGUACUUGGUACAAAUCGAGAACUAUGCUGUAGAAAGUACUCCCCAGUUCAUAAAUGAAAUAUUUGACGCCAAGUACUCGGGCAUCUAUCAUGGAUUUCUGAAACUAUUUAACUACGACCCGAAAGUAAGGUUCAACGGUCUUGUUAUCUCUAAUCUUCUGCUGCGUUUGCGACAGUUUUGCUGCCAUCCGGCUUUAUUGCUUGGGAUGCUAAGUGGUUCCAAAACCGACGAAGACUUGCCGAACACGAGCUUAGCCUCAGACGUGGAGGGUCAGUUCAAAAUGGAUGUCCUAGAGGAGUUUCCCAAAUCCGAGGGAACCACUGAGGAAACGGAUCCCUUUAUCGAUGUGGACAGUGCUGAAGUAAACGAAAAUGUUCAGCUAAAGAAAGAGCCACUUAUGGCAAUUAAGGAAAACAUAAUGCCAUGGAGUAUGGGUGAUGAGCAACCGUUGGAAGCUGCUAGGGCUCUCAAACAGCUUAGUCCCCAAAAUCCCAUCUUUCAACUGAAACACUCUUCUGCCAAACUCGAGCUAGUAAUUGAUAAGGUGCAGGAAAUACUUACGUUUACCAACGACAAGGUCAUAAUUAUAUCUCAGUGGGUCAGCUAUCUGGACAUCAUUCGUACGAAUCUAGAGAAUCACUCAUGUCAAACACUUUACUAUACUGGGCAGCUGAGUACCAAAAAUCGGCAGCUGGUACUGGACGAUUUUAACGCCAGUAAUGGCAAGCGGGUUCUUCUACUCUCCCUCACCGCUGGCGGAGUGGGACUGAAUCUCCAUGUGGCCAAUCAUCUGCUAAUAGUGGACCCGCAUUGGAACCCACAGCUGGAGCGUCAGGCUCAGGAUCGUAUCCAUCGAUUUGGUCAGAAGAAGCCUACCUUCAUUUACCGCUACAUGUGUGAGAACACCAUAGAGCAGCGAAUUUUGGCACUGCAGGAAUACAAGUUCGCCAAAAUGAUGUUGCCGGAGAUAGACGGAGAAGUGUACGCCCGUGAUUACAGAUGUCUCAAUAUCGAUGAUUUCAAGAAACUCUUCUUAAUGGAUAAUGAGACGCUAAUGUGA